AUAACAAAUUUCAAGUGAAAUACUCCGAUCCGAAGGUCUGCAAGAGCUUCCUCUUGGCAUGCUGUCCUCACGAAAUACUAUCGUCCACUUUCUUAUUUCCAGAGGUGUCUGGAAAAACCAAUUCCAAUAGAGAAACCAUUCGAGAAUAAUGUCCUCUCUUAUGUCGUACUUGUCUCUCGCACACACGCGUUAACCUGUAAGUACUGAAAAAAAAAAACAAAUGAAAAAUAAUGAAAACAGAGCAAAAAAGGACGUACGUAUGUUAAUAGAUACGCAUAACAUUACUUGUUUCUAUUGUAACCCUUAUUCCAUAUAUUUUCCAUGCAAUUAAGCCAAUGGUUCUCCUCAUACUUUGCCAUUGUCGUACAUACUACUUGUGAAGAAGAGAGAACAUUCUUCAGGGAUGUACUUAUGCGGUAAUGACUGUUAAGGGAUUUGAUAAUUCAUCAUCAAUGUCAUUUUCAUUAAUCUAUUGUAUAUUCACUAUUCAAUAUUUUGGUACAAAUCAACAUUCAUUUAUUAAUUAACUUUUCCAGUAUUACAUUAUUAUUUCUCACACUACAACAAAUAUUUCUGCAUAAUUACUCCUAUAAUCACGCAUUAUCAAAUUGAAAGAAUAUUUUAAAAAAUUGGAUGUACUUUACCAUUGCAAAUUGUAAUGCAAAUUGUUUCGUAUAAAAUCCUCACAAGUGCAUAGGUCAUCCAGGAUCAUUGCUCUAUCUUUCUAAUUCCGUUAAAAUUUUUUAAUUAAAAAUUGAGAUGAAUGAGCGAUGCAACAGAAAUUUGAGUACAAAUAUCACAAAAAUUAAUAAACGCUUUGGUAAGUAGCGCGCCAGUAAGUAAUGCGAUAAACAAAGAAAGAUAAUAAUCAAGUUUAACAACUGAAAGGUGUCACAUUAAUGAAUUCUAAAAUCAUCUACUAUAUCGUUCGUGAGUAUGAAGAAAAAGUAGUAAUAAAGACAUGAACAAGAAAAAAAAAGAACGAAAAAUUAGUCACAACCCGAAGGUAUGCAGCCAUACGCAGAUACUCUGUAAGUAAAGCACUCUGAAAAUGUCUUUUACCGUACAAGAGAUUGAGUGAAAAUAUAUCACAAUCAACUAUUGAUAAUUUUCUCCUUGUGCAUGACAAAUGUGGCAUUGAAUCAUGGUUUAAAAAUGUCCGUGAUCAAUGCAAUUAAUUCAUUAAGAAAAAAUCAUAAUAAUCACUUGAUAGUUCUUCUAAAAAUCAAAUCAAGUUAAACGACUCACAAAAACAGUUAAAGAAUAAUAUUAAAUGUCUGCAAUGUGAAUGAUCAAUCACCUGGAAUAGUGAGUCAAAAUUCAUCACAGGAUGUACGUAUUACGAUUGCACUAAAUUAAUAUCAAAAAUUAAAUUGACUUGAGCAACUGUUUUUUUUUUCUUUCUUUUUUUCUUCCUAUAUUUUUGAACUUUAUAAGAACUUGUUUUUGUGGAUUAUCUAUCGAAUAGAAUAAUUAUGUUAUAAGUUGUUGCCAUAUAUACCAUGAAAUAUAUUGUGACAAAGCCUUAAGGUGUGUAUGCUGAUUUGUAGCAUCAUUACCCAUCGCAUUCGUGCGUCAGGCGGAAAGGUGUUGCCAUUCUGUAAGUCAAAACCAACAGAAUAUUGUAUCUACCUAUAUAGAGAUAAAACCUUACCUCAGGCAAGAUUUUGAAAAUCAAAAUAAAUAUGGUAAUUUCAUCAUGUUACAUGGUGAAAAAAGAGUUUCUUUCAUAGAUUUAUUGAAAUUUUCAAGCGUGAAAUUAUGGGUAGCCGAAUGAAUGGCUGUGUGAAUGGGAACAAUCGAAAGUGGGAGUGCACGUAAUGACAAACUGAAAAUUUUAUUAUUAUGAAUUGUGAUAAAUUAUUGAUAUUAUCGAGUAAGAAGCAAGAGCUAUUUUAUAUUUUUCAUGCGAAAACCAAAUGAGUUAUCGAGAACCCAAGUACUACAACAUUUAAUUGAAUUGAUAUGAUCUAAUGUUCUUUUAUAAUUUGUCACUCGCAGCGCAUGGACCUGGGAGAAUGCCCCCAGAUUCACGAUUUAGCUUUACGGGCUGACUAUGAAGCAGCACAGAAGAAGAAGGAUCACUUUUACGACAUUGACGCAAUGGAACACCUGCAGAAUUUCAUUGCUGAUUGUGAUCGUCGUACUGAGCAAGCAAAACAGCGUUUAGCUGAAACUCAAGAAGAAUUGAGUGCCGAGGUUGCAGCUAAGGCAAACAGUGUUCACGUACUUGCCGAAGAAAUUGGAAAGAAAUUGGCAAAGGCCGAGCAACUCGGUGAGGAAGGUUUUGUUGAGGAAUCCAUGAAGCUCAUGGGUGAAAUUGAUGAACUACGGAAGCGUAAGAACGAAGCUGAACAGGAAUAUCGGAACAGUAUGCCAGCAUCAAGCUACCAGCAACAGAAGCUACGGGUUUGUGAAGUGUGCAGCGCUUAUCUUGGCAUUCACGACAAUGAUAGACGCCUGGCAGAUCAUUUUGGUGGCAAGUUGCAUCUUGGCUUCAUAAAAAUACGAGAAAAAUUAGCCGAUUUGGAGAAUACAGUUGAGGAGAGACGUAAGGAGAAACGAGAGUCUAUGAUGGAUAGAGAUAGACAUCGUGACAGAGAUGAUCGUGAUCGUCGAGAUUCAAGGGACAGAGGACGUGGGCUAGGCUACAGGGAGCGCGAACGCGAGCGAGAUCGUGAUCGUGAGCGUAGAGAUAGAGAUAGAAGACGCUCGCGAUCACGCAGCCGUAGUCGUGGAAAGAGAUCAAGACGUUCACGCAGCAACAGCCGCAGUCGUCGUUCCCGCUCACGACGAAGUGGAUCAAAUGAUCGUAAACGAUAAUUCAGUAGCACCUCAGUGAGUGAGGUAAGACAUUUAGACAGCGAACAGAUAUAAUAACAAAAAACCGACACAACAAUUUUAGAAAGAGACAAAACCGAGAAAAAAAAAUCCAAACACUCCAAGUUCUCCAGCACCUACAAAUGUAAUGUAAGCCCAUAGAUCAUCAAAUUGUUUCCAUCUUCUUACUAGCACUUUGAAUUUAUUGUUUCAUUCAAUUACUCAUAUGUGUAUUUGAAUGAAAAAUUUUGAGACAUCUAAAUUUUAGCUGUACACUAUUCACUGUUUCUUGCCAUGUAACGAUCAUGAAAUUGUUCUAUAUUUUUCAUUCAAUUAUUUUUUCAUCCUUCAAUAUUUUAUACAUACAUAAAAUUCGUGUAUAACCUUGA